AUGUCCUCCCCGCUUGCCAUCCCCUCAAAAUCCCCGAGAGUCGUAGCUGCUUCUAUAUCUCCUUCGUCGUCGCAGACACUCCACGACAGGCUGCGCAAGCGAGACUCAUGCUCGGCUAUCAGACAGCCCAAAGUUCUUCACCCAGUUGAUAAUGAAGACCUGAGGCUGUUGAUCCUAGAGAACAUCAGUCAGGAUGCAGUUCGAGCUUUUCAAGCGCAGGGCUUUCAUGUCGACCACUACACAAAAGCUCUUUCUGAGGAUGAGCUUGUAGACAAAAUUUCCCAAUACCAUGCCAUAGGCAUACGCAGCAAGACUAAGAUCACAGAGCGAGUCAUCAAAGCUGCACAUAAGCUUCUUGUGAUCGGCUGUUUUUGUAUUGGAACGAAUCAGGUCGAUCUAGUUACUGCCGGCAAGGCCGGGAUUCCCGUCUUUAACUCUCCAUUCUCAAAUUCGCGCUCCGUUGCAGAGCUCGUUGUCUCCGAGAUGAUCGCGCUUUCGCGACAGCUCGUCGAGCGCUCGCAUGAAAUGCGCCAGGGAAUCUGGAACAAGCAGUCAAAAGGUUGUUGGGAGGUCCGAGGCAAAACGUUGGGCAUAGUUGGCUACGGGCACAUCGGGUCACAGCUGUCGGUGCUUGCAGAAGCCCUUGGCAUGCGUGUCAUCUUUUACGAUGUCAUCAACAUCAUGCCUCUCGGCUCGGCCCGACAAGUUAUCACCCUUCCUGCGCUAUUGGCGGAAGCUGAUUUCGUCACGCUCCACGUACCAGAGCUCCCUGAAACAAUCAAUAUGAUUGGAUCACAGGAGCUCGCCCAGAUGAAAAUGGGGUCCUACCUUAUUAAUAACGCUCGUGGGCGCGUCGUCGAUAUUCCAGCCCUGAUCGAAGCCCUCCGGUCGCAUCAUCUCGCUGGUGCCGCCAUAGACGUAUACCCACAAGAGCCAGGGUCUAAUGGGGCACCAUUCGACGAUCAGGUCAACUCAUGGUCAAGCGCUCUGCGCAGCUUACCGAACGUGAUACUCACUCCUCAUAUUGGCGGAUCAACAGAAGAAGCGCAACGCAUGAUUGGGGAGGAAGUGUCUCUUGCUCUCUCUCGGUACCUGACCUACGGCUCCACUCUCGGGGCAGUCAAUUUCCCCGAAGUCGACCUCCGCGCGAUCACCGCAGAACAGGGCAAUCAUGUCCGUGUUUGCCAUGUUCACAGUAACCAGCCUGGUGUAUUGAAGCAGGUUAACGAGGUUCUCUCGCCGUACAAUGUCGAGAAGCAGUACUCAGACUCGAAGGGUGACGUCGCAUAUCUGCUGGCAGAUAUUGCAGACGUCAGCCCCCAAGACGUGAACAAGCUACAGGAGAUGAUUGAGCAUACGAGCGCGAAUAUCCUCACUCGCUUGUUGGCUUGA